AAAAGGUGAGAAUUAACAAUUACCACACACAAACAUUGUUUAGAUAAUGAUAACGACAAUAAAUGAAACAAUGGAUCUAUUCCGGUACCGUCGAAAACAUACUUUUUUGUGUGCAACUGCAUGUCUAUAAAUAAAGGAGGGAUGCGGUAAAUCUUCGAAUUAGCGUCGAGGGCGCUUUUUCAAAUUUAGAAGAAAUCGUGGUCAGAUAAGAUCGUGUUUUAAUCAAUUGCUUGUGGUUUAACACGACCAAUACCGUACAUCCUUUGUUGUCUCAGAACUCAUCCAUAAAACAGGGGUAGGGGAGCUUAUUCGAAGGGAGGCGCUUAUUUUAAAGUUUGGCCUAUAGGAGGGACGCUCUUUUGAAGGUAGACUCUAAUUCGAGGAUUUAUGGUAUAACCGUUGCAUUGAUUGAAAACGGAAGGGAAAAAACGUCAAUCGUAAAUUUAGUCUUUUCCAAUCGCUUUGUUAACAUUUCUCUUUGAAAUUUUUGAAGACAUGGGCAACGUUACAAACACAGAAACAAAAGGAGAAGAAACUCAACAACAACAACUGUUUAAGGAAGAAACAAGUGAUGUUACCGUUGAUGAAUUACCUCAGUACUUUCAGCAUCUAAAACUAAUUCAUGACUCGACGCCAACAGAAGGAAACGAGAAUAGUUUACGGUUAGCAGUGAGGUGCAAUAGUCUAGAAGGACUUGAACGCCUGUGGGAAGACUAUCGUUCUGGUCGCCUUAAUGAAAUAGCUGAGAAAUACCUCGUGACAGAUGAAAUUAAGAGGAGAUUUCAUGUGGAGUCUGUAAAUUUAGCCACAACUAUUCUGGAAGAAGAUUACCUGGCAUGCAAAGAAUUUCUGUCGAGCAAAUCAAACAGCAAUGCUAGUUCACCCAUAAAGGCCACUGGAGAAACUUCGACUCAAACUUCUGCGGAAACUCAUACCCAGAUUGCUGUCAAACGUGGAACUCUGACUUUAGCGGAACUACAGAUUCAACCUGCUGAGGAAUACCUGGGUCAGAUGGUUGACGAAAGUGAAACCUUCGUUUCAGGGAAUACUCGCAUUCCAUCUACGAACGAAACUCGUACUUUGACUGUGGAAGGCACAGAGGCCCAAGUUAAUGCAGAGGCUCAGAUUCCAGAUCAGGCUGAGAAACCUAGGACAGGGACUGGGGAAGCUACAGAAACUGGAGCUACUGGCGUGAGCAAGAUUCCGUCUGUGGCAAAAACUCAGACCCAGGCUUCAACUGAAAGAACGAACCUUGCUAGAGGCGAAACUCAGAUUCAACCUCCCGAAGAAACCUACCCCCGUACAAAGACUAAAAGAGAGACUAAAACUACGGAAGAAAGUAAGCCCUCAAUUUUGAACGGUAGAGAUAUUUCCUUGUAUUACAUUAAGAAAAAAUUACCAUUAUUAUCGGCCUUUUUAUCAGCGUCAAAGGAAUCGUUUUCCCCUCAUGUUUUAGUGUGCGUUCAAUAACACGCACACGAACUCAAAAAGCAGUUGCGUUCUUCGCUAUCAUCCUAAGCCCCUUUCAGAUAACGAAUUCACGUUUCGAAACGUUUGGUAAAUUUCGAUCCAUUUUGGUGUUGUUUUUUAAGGUUUGAUUGAUGUCGUCGUAAUUACGAUUGACGGCAGCGAGAAGUGCAAUCAUUAGUUAAGUUUGGAACUUCGGGGUUCGCGAUUUUUUGAAAGGCCUGGUAAGUAGCCGAAGGCAGUUUCGUCUACCAUGUCUACCCCCGUAGUUUAAGUAGGAAAAACAAACAACAAUAGUAAGUACAAGGAAAGAUAUGUGUGGGCUAACCUUGAGCCGCCAAUAAUCACAAGAUCGACUCUAGGGGAACUAAAACAAAAAUUAAGAAACUCAAAUUCAGCCUCUCAGCACAGCUACCACUUCAUAGAUAUCAAGGGCAAAAAAUCUUAUUGUCCUAGUAGAAUUCCCAAUAAAUUUCCUUCAAAUAACAAUUUCCAACUUUUUUUUCCCAAACUUAACUUUAAGCUUUAGCGAAUUUACGUGGAUUGAAUUAUCAUUUGAAACUGACAGCUGUGCAUUCGCGCUUAUCGGUUUUGUCGAGUUACAGUAUAUGUCGUUCUUUCAGUCUUCUCGGGAAUUGAAUUAU